UGGUGCAGAAAUUGGAUACUCUUAUGGGUUUGUCCUUAUCAUUGUUAACAUCAGCUUGGGAAGAAAUCUUGGACCAUAGUCUAUUGAUCUUGCCUUAUGAACUUAAUGUUGGAUUAAGAACCAAUAACUUGAAGAAAUCUGAACCAGAAGCUAUAUCAAAAGAACCCGAAGAUUCAUUUGUUGAUUCGAGUAGACGAAAUGCAGUCAAACUGAAGAAAUGUGAGCCUUUAAGGAUUAUGCUUGAAACCACCCUUUCUUUCAAAAAUCUUGUGCAGGAGUUUAAGAAACUGGAACCUAUAAAGCCGGAUUAUAAUACGGGAGGUUUGACCUCACCUGGGUCAACAGUCUUCUUUUCGCCACGACCUGUAAACGAGCUCAAUGCUGCUGCUACUACAGUUCAGAAAGUAUAUAAAAGUUAUCGAACACGAAGAAAUCUAGCCGAUUGUGCCGUUGUUGUUGAGGAGCUCUGGUGGAAGGCUUUGGAUUUUGCAGCCUUGGAUCGCAGUUCAGUUUCAUUUUUCAACGUCGAGAAACCAGAAACUGCGACUUCACGGUGGGCCAGGGCUCGGACUAGGGCUGCUAAAGUGGGAAAGGGUCUAUCCAAGAAUGAAAAAGCUCAGAAGUUGGCUUUGCAACAUUGGCUUGAAGCUAUUGACCCACGCCAUCGUUAUGGCCAUAAUUUGAACAUAUACUAUGAUAUAUGGUUUGGAAGUGAAAGCAGUCAACCUUUCUUCUACUGGUUGGAUGUUGGAGAUGGGAAAGAAACAAACCUUGAAAGAUGUCCGAGGGUUCGUCUACAACAACAAUGCAUCAAAUAUUUAGGCCCCAACGAAAGGGAAUUAUACAAAGUGAUAGUUGAAAACGGGAAGCUGGUUUACAGACAAAGCGGGUUGCUUUUGGAAACUGUUGAGGGUUCUAAAUGGAUCUUUGUUCUUGACACAUCAAAAAAUUUGUACGUUGGCCAAAAAAAGAAAGGGUUGUUUCAACAUUCAAGUUUUUUAGCCGGUGGCGCCACCACUGCUGCGGGAAGAUUGGUGGCCCAUGGCGGCAUUCUUGAGGCUAUUUGGCCUUAUAGUGGUCAUUACCUCCCAACAGAAGAAAACUUUAGAGAUUUUAUUUGCUUUUUGGAAGAAAAUCAUGUUGAUCUCACAAAUGUUAAGAGAUGCUCAGUUGAUGACGACGACAUUGGAUUUUCGUUUAAGGUCACCCAACAGGAAACAAAGCCUAAACGAUUGGUCAUUCCACGUACAAGGCCACAAGACAUUCUACGUUCACCUACUAACGCAGAACAUCCAAUUACACCCACCUUUAUUCAAGGACUAACCGCAGGUCCUAUUUCAGCCCGUUUCCAAGAAGCUAACCACUAUUCUAGCAAGUGGACCUCAGGAACCGGUCCACGUAUUGGCCUUGUCCGGGAUUACCCAACCGAGCUCCAAGCUCGUGCCCUUGAACAAGUUAACCUGUCUCCUCGUAUUUCCCAAGGGAGCUUUGGGCCAAUCCCAUCACCUAGACCAUGCCCGAACCUCAGGCUCUCUCCUAGGCUUUCAUACAUGGGUCUGCCUAGUCCCAGGACCCCCAUCACUGCUAACUAAAUUAAUCUGUUGUAGUUGAGUUUUGACUUUUAACUUUUGACUUUUUUGAAUAAAGGCAGGAGACUUUUACAAAGUAAAAGGUCAAACUGCAUAAAUGCUUUAACAGA